UUGAAAAUAAGAAUGUGUUGUUAACUGACUUGCCUAGUUAAAUAAAGAUGAAAUAAAGGUGUAAAAAAAAAAUGCCAAAUCAGCGCCCAGAAAUACUGAUUUCCGAGUGUUAUGAAAACUUGAAAUCGGCCCUAAUUAAUUGACCAUUCCGAUGAAUCGGUCGACCUCUGGUGGACGCAUUGUUGGCGGAGUGCGCAACCUAUGCUACACUUGUGAGAAACAAGUUUUGGUUUAUUUAAUUCCAUUUACUAGUUCAGUCAAUGUAGUCAUUGUCUGGAACGCUUCUGUCAAUGUUGAGUAAGGACGCGCAUAGAAGUAGGCCAAUAAAGGCUACCUGGCCUGCGCACAAAUGAAUGUGCCCAUUUGGGGAUCUGAUAUUAUUUCUGAUUGGCUUAAUGCACCACCACCACCUGUGGAGCUUCUCAAUGUAAUGUUUUUUUCACCUCAAACAGGUUUUUACAUCCAUUAAGAAUUACAAUAGUUCCUCAAUGAGUUUGAAAAAUCUUGCCAGCGCUCUCCCUUUCGAUAACCACUUGGCUUGAAAGGGAAAAAUGACAUGCUCUGAUCCAGUAGAAACGUUAGAAAAUAGGCUUAUCAGUGCUUGACUUAAACUGAAAUAGGUACUCUUUUUGGAUGCUGGUACUGUUUAGAUUUAGGUGCCACGGCCCAUAGGAUUCUGUUCAAAAGUAGUGCACUGAAUAUGGUGUCAUUUGGGACACACCCCUGCAUGUUUUGUCUGCAGUGGUCUGAAAACACUUGAUUAUUUCUUUCUCAUCAGAGAUGGUCUGUCAUCUGUAUCUAUGUGUGUCCCCCUAUUGCAUUUGUGUCUUUCUGACUCUACAUGUCUUUGUUCCUCUGGGGUCCCUGUAGGUGGUGUGGUGCUGGACAAGCAGUGCUUUGACCCCAGCUGCUCCCACAUCAUUGUGGGGACCCCUCUGAGGAAUGAGAAGUACCCGGCAGCCAUGGCCGUGGGGAAGUGGAUCCUGCACCGCUCCUACCUGGAGGCCUGUCGCUCCGUGGGACACUUCAUCCAGGAGGAUGAGUAUGAUUGGGGCAGAAGCUCCAUCCUGGAUGUGCUACCGUCCAUCAGCUCCCAGCAGAAGAGGCUGGCGUUGGCCACCAUGCGCUGGAGGAGGAACCUGCAGGACCGCAAUGACCUGGAGGGAUCAUUCAGCGGUUGGACCGUCAUGCUGAACAUCGACCAGACCAGAGAGUCAGGGUUCAGACGACUCCUGCAGUCUGGUGGAGCAAAGGUUCAAACAAAGCUCUUACUCUGUCAUACUGUACCUCAAUCUUCUCUUCGCUUACUGCGUCUUAGUAUGGGUAAAACUAAUAAGAAACUACUGCUUUUCAAGUGUCCGACUGCCCAUCUCUUUCAUACUUGCCUUUGUAGAUAUUGACAUGUGUACACUUCUAAAUGUCAAUCCCAUCCACACUCUCUCCUAAUCUCUCUUCUUCCGAUCUUUAUUUCCUCUCUCUAGUGGGACUGUAACUAAAAAUGCAAAACUGCCUCACAAAGAGACUGCGGAAGGCAUUUUUUGUUGUCAGACUACUUUUUUGCAGUUUAUAUCAGUAAUUUUGGGAAAGUCUAAAGUGAAACCUUGGUUAAUGUUUGAUCCAUAAAGUGGGUACUUUCCUUCAUUUAACAAUACAACGUGUUUAAACUUCUCCAUAAAAUCCACCCUAGCCAGUGAAUUAAAGGUUAUCCAUGUAACAUUUACACAUGUAAAUAGUGCUAAAUAUCAACUACAUACCAGUAGUAGCAAAAUAAUAGAAAUCCACCCAGGUAAAACAUGCUUAUUAGAACGCUGCGUGACACUGCAAAUUAGCUUUUUUGUGUGUGUCUAGCUAGGCCGGUUGUUUUGUGUACAAGUUUUUCACGUCCUUGCAACAAUAUUUUUGGCGAUUAUGAUAAGGUUAGAACCCGUACUAAGCCAUUUUAGCAGUUUCUGAAAAAACAUGAAGGAAUCGAUAUGAUGGCUUAAAUAUAACAUGUUGCUCCUUUAAGAAGAAAUAAAAUGAUGGAAACUAAAACUCCUCUCUCAUAUGAGUCUGUCAUUUUGACCAGGAGCCUAUUCCACCAAUAGAGAUUAACUAUCUGCCUGAAGCUGCCCAAUGUCUGCCAGCGGGCACAGAUACCAGCCGCGCCACACCCUCCCGCAAGCGCUAAGCAUCAGGAGAUUCCACAAAGUUGAAGAAGACCCGCCUCAAGUAAAAACAUUGUCAUUUAGAGCUUUGGUGUCAACUAGUAAAUUCCAUCAUUUUAGAAAUGCCCCUGCAAGCCAUUAAUGAUAUGUCUGUAAAUAAGA